AGCAUUUUUAAGCGUUGAAUGUCUUCCGUGAUUAUCAUCACUCAUAUGAAGAUAUCUCUUAUUCUUGCUAUCCUGCUUACCUUGGGUGUUGUCAACGGUGAUGUUCAUGUGGAUGAUACUGGGAGGAUCAUCUCUGACAUGAUGAUGGACAAGCAGGCCGAUAUUGGCAGUCACGUGUCCGGAUUUGACCUCAAACAAGACUCGUAUAGGGACCUUGGGAAUCCAGUUAGCUGUGUUGGUUGCAAAAUCUGCAGGGCAUUCGGGUUUAUUGCGCCUCCUUGUUGGCCUGUAGACGCUGCGUGUGGCACUGAUUGCCAUAAAUGUUGUGAUGGUGACAUUUGAUAUUUUUCGGCUGUUCAACACACCAACUACAUAUUCUUUCUCAUACAUAUUCCGACAUAACUUUUGAACCCAUAUUCAUUCCCUUAGUUUGUAUGUUAGUCGCGUCAGUACGAGAAACUCAUCUGAUGCAAGAGCCAGUUUCCUGACCAGCUGGUCACCACUGGUUUCCUAACAUUGGUUUAGCAUGUCGUUCAAUCUGUUUUGUAUCAACCUAUGUACUCGUUAUAAAACUCACAGGUUUUUCAC